CCGGAACUCAUUUUGCGUUGCAUUCUGGGUAAAUCUGCGAGUAUGGGAGCGGAAAAAUCAAAUUUAGCAAACAGUUUCUUCUUUAACUACUUAUUGUCUGCAUCUGCAUCUGCUGUAGCUGAAUCAGCAACCUAUCCAUUGGACAUAACAAAGACAAGACUGCAAGCACAGGGGGAACAUGAUGGCUCUUCUAAAACACCCAAGCAAAAGAUUGGCAUGUUUAGAACGGCAUUUGGAAUAGCAAAAAAUGAGGGUGUUUUCAAGCUAUGGCAGGGACUGCCUCCAGCAUUACUCAGGCAGAUAGUAUACAGUGGUAGUCGCAUGGUGUUCUACGAGGCUAUUAGAGAGCAUGGUCUGAAACGUAAAGAGGAUGGCUCAUUUCCACUGUGGAAAGCUGCAGUGGGAGGGGGUGUUGCGGGAGCAUUGGGGCAGUUCCUAGCCAGUCCUACAGACUUAGUGAAGAUUCAGAUGCAAAUGGAAGGAAGGAGGAGAC